AUGUUAAGUGAAUUAAAAGUAGAUUCUUUAACCAUAGAAUCAUUAUUUGAUAAUUUAUCAAAUAAAAAACGUAAAAAACCUCAUCCUUUAUGUGAAUAUCUUGAACCAAGUGAAUCCAGUCUUUAUGUUUGCUAUAUACCAUAUAAAGGACAAUGUUCUCCAUUACAAUGGCAAAAAUCAACAAAAAUUAGCACAAUUAAAUCUCAUUUUAAAAAAUAUCAUAUUGAUAUUUAUAACAAAUGGAUUAUUUGUAAUCAACAAUCUUUCAUAGUUGUUAAAGAUUCUAGUUACGUUAAAUUAAUUGAAGAACUUAAUAAACGCAAUCUUAAUGCUCUCAUUAUCAGUUAUCCAACUUUAGAAGAUCUUCAUUUAAUAUUUAUCACAAUUAAAAAAUCUCUUGAAGAAAUUAUCAAUAAUACUGUUGAAGAAACUACACCAAAACUCGUUGCAACAGCCAUGGCAAUUAAAUCUGACAAGUAUUGGCAAAAAUUGGAUCAAUCAUCCUUUAUGAUUGCUCUUCUUGAUCCAAACAUUAAGCUUUCAUUAUAUGAUGCAGAAAAAAACAUAAAGCUCAACAAUAUAUAG